CAGCGACUCUAGGCCACCCCGUGCAUACGCCGGCGCUGUGUCAAUAUGGAGGUCGAAACGCCGGCGCAACCCCGGGCGUCGCAGCCACGCAAGAACGCCGGCGCCACGCAGCCCGGCCAGAGCUACAGCAGCUCUAGGCUGCUGCGCAACCCGCUCCUCGUCGUCAACUUCGUCCUCAUGGUCGUCGGCACGGCGGGCGGGCCGCUCUUCCUCCGCGCCUACUUCCUCCACGGCGGCGCCCGCAAGUGGCUCUCGGCCUUCCUCCAGACCGCCGGCUUCCCGCUCCUUCUCGUGCCGCUCUGCGUGUCCUUCUCCCGGCGGAAGAAGGCGGCCGGCGGCACGCCGUUCUUCCUCAUGACGCCCCGCCUCCUGGUGGCGUCCGCGGGCAUCGGCCUCAUGACGGGCCUCGACGACCUCCUCUACACCUACGGCCUCGCCUACCUGCCGGUCUCCACGUCCUCCAUCCUCAUCUCCACGCAGCUGGCCUUCACGGCCGCCUUCGCGCUGCUGCUCGUGCGCCAGCGGUUCACGGCGUCCUCGGUGAACGCCGUGGUGCUGCUCAGCGUCGGCGCCGCCAUGCUCGGGAUGAACGCCGGCGGGGACCGCCCCGCGGGGGUGUCCCGGGCGCAGUAUAGCGCCGGGUUCGCCAUGACGCUCGGCGCCGCCGCGUUGUUCGGCCUCGUGCUCCCCGUCAUGGAGCUCAGCCAGGCGCGCCACGCGGCGCGCCCCGGCGCCGCGCCCGUCACCUACACGCUCGUCAUCGAGAUGCAGCUCGUCAUCGGCCUCACUGCCACCAUCUUCACCGCGGUUGGCAUGCUUGUGAACAAUGAUUUCCACGCAAUCCCAGAAGAGGCGCGGCAGUUCGGGUUCGGGCGGUCAGGCUACUACCUACUGCUCGCCGGGUCGGCCGCCACGUACCAGUGCUUCUUCCUCGGCACCAUCGGCGCCAUCUUCUUCGGCUCGGCGCUGCUCGCCGGCGUGAUCAUGACCGUGCUCAUCCCGGUCACCGAGGUGCUCGCCGUCAUGUUGUUCAGCGAGCCGUUCAACGGCACCAAGGGCGUCGCCCUCGCGCUCUCCCUGUGGGGCUUCGUCUCCUACUUCUACGGCGAGGUCCAGACGUCCAAGGCGAAUCACCAGUCCGACGACAGUGAUCCACCAAAUGCCGAGCAUCUGGACCCGUAGAUCAUCUCGAUCAUAAAUGUCCACACAAUACUUUACGAGUAAGUUUUUACCCAACAUUUGAGGGAUUAAGUAUUAAGUAGGUCAUGCCAGACAUGAAACAACAUUAUAUGUAGAUGGAGUUUACAUGACAAUAUUUUGGAUGAAAAGAAGCAUCAACGCAGCAAAAGAACGGUGAAUGCUGCCUUGUUCAAAUA